AUGUAUUAAGAGAUUGCUAUUGGGCCUAAAGUAUUUGGGUUGGGUUGAAUGUCCGUUUCAAUCAAAAUUUUAACCUUAAGCAACCCAGUUUUAUAAAUUCUUUGUUAUUCAAACCCAGGCCACUCAAUUCUUGUUACUUAUCCACAUUAACAUUAACAAAGCCCCAAACAAACUGAAGCACUUUAUGCUCUAUUAUACCACACAGAGAUCAGAAACAGAGCUUUGCAUUGCAUUCCUGGGACGACUCUGUGAUGGCUCCAGCUGCGUGAUGAUUUCGAAUGAAUGGUAUCUUCAAGGUUUCUUUUUUAUUGAUUUUGGCUGAUUUUGGAGUUUGGGUACGUGGAGAAAAAUUGGUUUGUUUGUUUGUUUAUAUAGUGUAGGUAAGGUGUUUGUUGUUAGUUCUGAGUGAGGAUUUCUAAUUAGACGAAAAACAAAAUAGGACGAAAAACGUUUAUAAAUUAUAUUUUUUGCAUUACUUGUUGAAGCUGUGGAUUAUGAAAGAUUAAGAGUGAAAGGUGAUGAACAACUCAUGAAAUAAAGAUUGCAAAUUUAAAUGUAUUGAAAAAUUAAAACCACACAUAAAAGAUGUGAAGUUAGAAACAACAUUAAGAAGACAAAUGAGGAAAAGAGUGGAGAGUUUAAUAUGUUCAUCAUUGGGGGGACGCUCGUGCAAGAGAGGUUAAAAACAGAGUAUUUUUAUUACUAUGAAUGAUAAAAAUGAUGAUUAAUUAUAGUUCAGAGAAUAAGAAUAGAAUAGGAGAGAGUUUGACUUUCUUUCUGUAUUUCACCCAAUCGCAUAGCCUUUUAAAUGUGAUGGAGAGGAAAGCUACUUUCAAUGUACAAAUACCCAUUUAAAAAAGCUAAACUUUGAAUUACUUAUAUGUAAAAUGUAUGCACUUUGAUCAUACUAUUUUGCUUUGUCUACAAUUCUUCUUUCUUGGUGCAGGCGUAAGAUUUUGUGAUGUGGAAUUGGAUAAAGUAUAAUGGUUAAUAACUCAGAACCCAGUAUGAAAAUAAAUUAGUUGGUGUUGGAAACAAAGCACUUCAUGCCCCAAAUCUCCAACCCUUCAACACUUACAAUCUUCUGCUCACUAACUUAUAAGAGAUUUCUUUUUUACAGCCUGCAAUCAAAAUGCAUUUCAUCCUCAUCAUCUCCUGUUCCAUCCCAACACACAUUGCCUAUUUAAUACUAGACCAAAAGUCAUUCUCCCAAGCCCUUCAAACCUUCAAAUGGGCUUCCAAACUCCCCAAUUUUACCCACUCUCAAUCCACCUACCGUGCAUUGAUCCACAAGCUCUGUGCUUUCCGCCGCUUCGAUAUUGUAAAGGAAUUACUUCAAGAAAUGCCCAACGCAAUCGGGUCACCCCCUGAUGAAGACAUUUUCAUCACGAUCGUCCGUGGUCUAGGGCGGGCACGUAUGGUUAAGCGGGUAAUCAAAGUGGUUGACUUGGUUACCCAGUUUGGAAAGAAACCUUCUAUGAGGAUUUUUAAUUCAGUACUUGAUGUUCUUGUUAAGGAAGAUAUUGAUUUGGCUCGAGAGUUUUAUAGGAAGAAGAUGAUGGGGAGCGGUGUUGAAGGUGAUGAAUACACUUUCGGGAUCUUAAUGAAGGGGCUUUGCUUGACUAAUAGGAUUGGUGAUGGUUAACUGUUGCAAGUGAUGAAGUCUAGGGAAAUCAUACCAAAUACUGUGAUUUAUAACACAUUACUUCAUGCACUUUGCAGGAAUGGGAAAGUUGGGAGAGCAAGGAGCUUGAUGAAUGAGAUGGAGGAGCCUAAUGAUGUGACUUUUAAUAUCUUAAUAUCUGCGUAUUGUAAAGAAGAGAAUUUAGUUCAAGCUCUUGUUCUCUUAGAGAAGUGCUUCAAUCUGGGGUCUGUGCCUGAUGUUGUAACAGGGACUAAGGUGCUGGAAGUUCUCUGCAAUGUUGGUCGUGUAACUGAGGCUGUAGACAUUUUGAACAGAUUGGAGAGCAAGGGAAGUGUGGUGGAUGUUGUGGCUUAUAACACUUUGAUAAAGGGGUUUUGUAGAUUAGGGAAAGUGAAAGUUGGGCAUCGCCUUUUGAAGGAGAUGGAGAAGGGCUGCUUUCCAAAUGUGGACACUUACAACAUAUUGAUCUCUGGUUGUUGUGAGUAUGAAAUGUUGGAUUUGGCUCUUGAUCUGUUUAAUGAGAUGAAAACAGAUGGAAUUAAUUGGAAUUUUGUUACAUAUGAUACAUUAAUUAAAGGAUUGUGUUCAGGAGGGAGGAUGGAAGAUGGGUUUAAGAUUUUGGAAAUAAUGGAGGAGAGUAAGGAGGGACCUAGGGGUCGUUUAAGCCCUUAUGAUAGUGUGUUAUAUGGUUUGUAUAAGGGGAAUCAGUUAGAUGAAGCACUCACAUUUCUGAUCCAGAUGGAAAAGUUAUUCCCUAGAGCAGUCGAUAGGAGCUUGAGAAUUGUAUGUCUUUGUGAAGAGGGUGCUAUUGAGGAUGCAAAGAAGGUUUUUGGUCAGAUACUUGGAGAAGGGGGAGUUCCAAAUGUUCUUGUUUAUGACCAUUUAAUCCAUGGAUUUUGUGAAGUAGGGUAUAUGCGUGAAGCAUUUGAGCUGAUGAAUGAGAUGGUUGGUCGUGGUUAUUAUCUGCUUGCACCAACAUUCAAUGCUCUGAUUAGUGGGUUCUGCUGGCAAGGAAAGGUCAGCAGUGCUUUGAAGCUCAUUGACGACAUGGUUGUGAGGGGUUGCAACCUUGAUAUAGGAAGUUAUAACUUGGUUGAUGCUCUUUGUAGGAAGGGGGAUUUUCAAAAGGCUUUUGGGCUCUUUUCACAAAUGUUAGAAAAGGAUAUUGCUCCUGAUUUUUCAUCAUGGAACUCAUUGCUUCUUAGUUGGUGUCAAGAAACAUCAUGGUUAGCAAGACAGAACAUGUUCCAAUGAAUGGGAGUAAGAGUAAAGGCUGCAGCUAUGUUCGUUAUCUACCAAUUCUGCAACUUAGUGAAUGGGAAAUGAAGGUUUUUUCAUAUAUUCCAAGUUAGAGGUUCAAGAGUUAGAGAUAGUUUGAGGAAGGUGCUUCUUGGGAAUGUAAGUAGAGAUCUUCAGUAUUAUUUGAUGUAUGCACUUUCUUAUUACUAGCUUGCCUUUUAAUUUACACAGGUUGAAGACCACACAUUCAACCAGAAAUAAUUAGAAGUAAAAAAACUCUGAAUAAAGAAAUAUAAAACAUAGACAAGGUUAAAAGAAACAUACAGUAGCAAUCCAGAUCUACCUUGAAUAUUCAUUAAUAGAAAUAGACACUAGACUAAUUUUUUUAUAAUUCAACAUUUUUAAAGAUAUUUCGAUUUUCCUAUCAUAUUAAUUUUGAUUUCGAAAAUUACAAACUAAAAUGAGAGAUCAUAUUUCUUGUGUUGUAAAUGCCCAUUAUUAAUAGUAUUUUCUCUAUCAUAGCAAUCCAGUCCAAAAAAAAAAAGGGCUUUUUAGCUAAUAAGAGAUGAGAUGCUAAUGAAAUUAACUCAUGUUGAUGGUGAAAUCACCAUCACUCUGAAGCAUAUGAUACUGGUUGGCACUUGGCAGUGGAAAUGAAAGAUAGAGUGGUUUUCCAACAAUUGCACAUCAUAUGCUACCAUUUGUAAGUCCUCGUUAAGACCCAUGUUCUCAAGUUCUGUCAAUUUCAUCAUUGAUAUUCUUUAAUUGGAUCAUUUCUACAAUUAAAAAAUAUGGGGACUUCUAUAAUUUCCCAUUAAUUUGGUUAGGCAAUCAAUUGACUUAUGCUUCUUAAUGCAACCGGUGGCUGUUUACAUCAUUAAAUUUCAAUAAAGCAUUCUUUAAUAUUGCAGUUGCUAACUUACUUUCUCUGUGCUAUAAGCGGUCCUGUCAAAAUAAAUUUUCAAUUCCUCUUUGUAGUAAAGAGUCCACAAACCCUCAUUCACUUGUCUUAUUGAUUUCUAUUGUUAAGUUAGCCAUGACUAUCAUAAAAUUUAUGGGAGAUGGCUUUGCACUGAAAUUUAUCCACAAUAAUUCUAUCUUUUUUUUUCUUUUCUUUUUUGGUGCCUAGUAAUACUUUAUUAAGAAUGAGCAAAACUAAACAGGGGAAAAGUGCCGCAAAAGAGGGGUUUUACCUCCAUCUCUAUCCUAAGGACAAAACCAACGGUCUGGAAUGGAUGAGCUGGGAUCAAUCC